AAAAACGCGAGGCCUUCACGAUGUCAGAUCUACACAUUAUGCACAGGACGAUUUCGCCCCAGCGUAUAGUUUGGAGAUCUGCGAAUCUGCGCCAUCAACGCGAAACCCGCGUCACUCCGCAUGUAUUAAGAGUUCGGGCAGAUUUAUUUUUAACAGUAAAUUAAUAAACGAUAAAGAUGUUCGUCUCGGCGGAAGACUCGACGCCUUCUUUUAAAGGGUUUACUUUAAUCCUGCCCGCCGUGUCUGUGGGGAAUGUGGGCCAGCUGGCCGUAGACUUGAUCAUCUCCACGCUGAACAUGCCGAAGGUGGGGCACUUCCACACCGACUGCCUAAUCCCCAUGGUGGGUAACGGCCCCUACAGCAGCUUGGAGCAGCUCAGCACUAAUGCAGAAGUGUACUCUCACAGUGACCUGAAGCUGGCUGCGCUUCAGAUAAGAUCUCCAGUCUUACAGAAUAAGGGCAAAUUGUUCCGUAAGCUGCUGGUGUCCUGGAUUAAGAGUAGUGGAUUCUCCAGAACGGUGCUGCUGUCCAGCAGUCAUGCAUAUCAGAGGGAUGACCAGCAGCUCAAAGGACCGGCGCUGCGGUACCUGCUGAGUCCGGCUCUGCAGGAUGUAGGGGACACUCUGAGGGAGCUGGGCUGGGCCGAGCUGGAGAAAGUGAGCGUUUUUCCCGGCAUUAACGACUCCGACAAACGCCACUACAUCCCCGGAGGAGGAGUCACCAAAGGCCUCUACGCUGACUGCUGUGCGGAGAGCGUCCCGCUGGCCGUGGUGCUGCUGUUCUGCUCCGAGGGAGAUAACGUCCCCGACGCUUUCACACUGACCAACCACCUGAACUACUGGCUCCACCUGCUGGAGAAGUCUCCUCAGGGUGCGACUCCAUGGAAGGUUCCUUCAUCCUGGAGGCUGCUGUUUGGAAGCGGCAUCCCACCCCUGCUUUUCUGAGGACUCGGAACACCCAGCACUCUGCUGGUGCUCAUGCAGUGGGCUGACCUUAAUAUGGGAAAAUGGGAAAGCGACCGUUCUCAUUUGUGACUGGACUGCAUCAGCACUUUGAAGUGGAAGGUCCUGAUGAAUGAGGGACAUUUGUGUAUAAUGCAAAUCGUCACAGUCGUGAGAAAAACUCGUUUCUCUGAAAAAACGUUAACUUUCUAGACCACACUUAAAUUUGAUGACUCAGAGUAACUUUGGACCUUUUUCUGUCAGUCCGUUCAUCAUAAAAUGAUGUAAAUAAAUAAAUACCUAAAGUAAUAGUUGAGGAUUUGAUGACUGCGACUGAAGGGCGUAUACAGUAGAGCUUCUGCCAAAUUCCAUGUUCCUUAGAGUUGUGUUUACUGUAAAAUGGCUCAAUGCGAUUAAACAUGCUGGUUUUGA